AUGUCUGCAAGUAAUUACAAGCACAGCAAGAAGCCGUAUCCUUCUUUCAUCUUUCUCUUCCAAACUCAAGGCCCAAGGUCUCGAGGCCGGAGGAGCGAGACCUCGAUCUCGACGUCGGAAAGAAAAAGCAAGGAAAUAAGAAGAAAGCGGGAGAAAGCGACAGAGAGAGGAGGGAAAGAAAGAAAGCGUCACUAUACACAAGCACACACGCCCGACCUAAAAAAAACAUAA